AUGAGAAGCUCAAGGAAGAGAAUGAGAAGCUGGCAAAGCAGAUGUCCGGGCUACAAAAUCUGUUUGCAGCAUGGCAGAAAGCAGGAAGGGACAAGUUCAAGUACCAGCAGCAAGUUUGUGAUGACCUCAAAGAGGAGAUCAAGUGCUUGCAGAAGAAGAUUUCUCUUCAUGACCAUCCAGGGGCGGCUUCAGCAUCAUCAUCCAGUUCCUCUGCGAUUUCUAGUGCUCCUAUGUUCCUUGAUUCUGCAAACCAUGCUAGGAAACAAUGCUGUGUUUCAUGUUCCAUUUAACUUUCCUAAAGCCAUGCCAGGUUUGGACAUAUCAGUCUCUGAAGCCUUUGCUAAAUGCAAGGUUGCCAUAAUCACUUGA